UCUGAUUAAUAUUKAUUUAAGUUAUAWAUUUGCUUUCUGAGGAAGAAACAAAUGUUCCAUAAAUGAUUGUUGAGUUGCACGCAGCAUGAUUAGCUCAGAAAACACAGUCUGCAUGUGGGCGCCCCUUUAAUGUCUCUGUUUCCUCCUUUAAGAUGUGAUGUUACGAUAAAUGUGUCUAUAAAAGCUGAUUUGCUGUUCCUCUAUCUGACCKGAAACUUCCUGAUUCAGAGCUGAAAAAGGUGAUAAUUACCCAACGGGAACCUGCAGCCAUGACGAUGCUCACUCUGCCUUUGCUUCUCUGUGGUCUGAUGCUUCUGAGCAGCGUCAACGGGAUCAAUAGAUUGAGAACUGAAUGCCCGUCUGGCUGGAAUSUAAUCSAGGGACGCUGUUUCAAAUACAUUCCAAGACGAAUGACUUGGGCUAAAGCUGAGAGAAAUUGCAUUUCCAUGGGAGGAAACCUUGCGUCUGUGCACAGUUCUGAAGAAUACCAUGAAAUUCAGUCGCUCAUUACGCGUGCCACUUAUGAGAUGAAGGUUACGUGGAUCGGCGGCUCUGAUGCAGCUGAGGAAGGUCAUUGGGCUUGGACUGAUGGGAGCCUGAUGACUUUUACAAACUGGUGUCCUGGAGAACCCAACAAUGSUGGUUCACAUCAGCACUGCAUGCAAAUGAAUUACUCAGGUAAAACUGUUCUUUCUUUUAAGCAAUGA